UUUUAGAUUUUACAAAUUUAAUAAGAAUCCAAUUAUUAUUAUGGGAUUUUUUCGUGUCCUAAUUUAUGGAAUAAUGCUUGGUGUAUAUGCUGGGGCUUUAUUUUAUGACAUUCGAUUCGUUCCUCGAGUUGGCUCUCAGCUUUGGAUACAGAAACUUGUAAUGUUGAGUAUGCUUAAUUUGCUACUUCAAACCGUAUAUUCUGUUAUUUGCUUUUUCUGCGCCUUGUUUGAUUGGAAUGCAGAGCUUGGACAUAAGGAUCAAUAUAAAAAGCAAAUACACGUUCCAAGCUAUUGGCGCAGCACUAAAUUGCACAAAAUUUGCGAUUUUAUGUAUGCGACUUCAGUGUUUCCCGUUGGAAUGGCAACUUGUCUCUUGUUUUGGUCGCUUUAUGCUGUCAACUCUGAGUUUGUAAUGCCUGCUUGGGUAGCGAAAUUGAUUCCACAUUGGCUCAAUCAUGUUACCCAUACGGCACCAAUUGCUUUUCUUUUGGUUGAUACACUACUGACUUGCCAUCAUGCUCCUGAUCGUAGAGUUGGAUCGUUGGUUGUUUUGUCACUCUUUAUUUUCUAUCUUGGAAUAAUUUUUUCGACACGUCUCUUUAAUGGAUAUUGGCUUUAUCCCAUUUUUGAUCAUUUGGACAAUCAGCAGAUUGGUUUUCUCAUCACUGUGGCUGGUUUGCUUUUCUGGUUCUUAUAUUUAAUUGGCGAUGGAAUGAAUGUAAUGCUUUGGGGUAAAGCACCACACUCAGUCGAUGCCACCAAACAGAAAGUAAAAUGA